AUGGCAAGUUCCUCGCAGCUUUUCAAUGAGGCAUUCACCGACGAGGACGAGCAGAUAUUGGUUGGCUUCGCCACGCUCCCCGCUGAUCGAAAGCCCUAUCGGUGCGGCUGGAUAGUUCCUGGUGGUGUUUGUAACGCGGUCCUCCUUGGAGACUCGUUCCCGGUACACUUGAGAGAGUGUCAUGGCAUCUACGGUAACGACAAAGUCAGGUUCAAGUGUGAAUGGGUGGAAUGUGGGUUGCAGAUGAAUAAGGAGAGCAUCGUGCGGCAUGUCACAGAAUCGCACCUGCAGUACAGGCAUCGAUGCACCUUUUGUGGGGAAGUAUUCUCGCGCAAGCACACCUUGAACGGACACCUAUGGAAGAGGCACGGCCUCAAGGCCGAAUAA